AUGGCAGACAAGCUUGAAGAUGUGCGGCCCAUGUUUGAGUUGCGGAACCGCAACUACAUCGUCACCGGCGGUGCACAGGGUAUCGGAUUCGCGGUGACACGCGCGAUAUGCGAGAUGGGCGGCAAUGUCGCCGUGAUGGACCUGCAGGAGAAGCCCGUCGACGAGUUCAACACGCUCAGCAGCAAGUUCGGAGUCAAGACGGUGUACAUCCAGACAGACGUGACGGUCGAGUCGAGCUUAAACAAUUCCUUCGCGAAGGCGCUCGAGGCGCUGGGGUCCAUCGACGGCCUCGUACCGUCUGCCGGCAUUGCCAUCGAUAAGCCAUUCAUCGAGCAGACUUGGGCGGAAUUCACCAGGAUUCAAGAGGUCAAUGUCCGCGGGACGUUCUUCAUCGCCCAACUCGUGGCCAAGCAGAUGCUGAAACAAAAGACCGGCGGCAGCAUGGUCCUGCUCGCCUCGCAGUCCGCCCACAUUGCCCUCCCGGGCUACCGCAUGGCCGCUUACAACGCCUCUAAGGGCGGCAUACUAAUGUUGGCAAAGGCUCUCGCGGUCGAACUAGCGCCGCACAACAUCCGCGUCAACACUAUCUCCCCGGGCUUCGUGGAUUCAGACAUGACGAGGAACGUGCGCGCGAUGAAGAGCAAGAGGGAAGGUGAUCAGAUGUGGCUCGCACCGCCGAACCAGCGGCUGAGUACGCAGAGCGACUUGACCGGGGCCGUUGUGUAUCUUCUGAGCGAUGCGGCGAGACAUACCACUGCGGCGGAUAUACCCAUCACUGGCGGUCUUCAUGCGGGCACCAUUGACGGUGUCAUCAGCUAUGAGUGA